UUGCAAGGAUUCGAGGUGUACAAGGGCGGCUCUCAGUAUAAACAAUGUCUGAUUACGGUGAUGAUGCAUUCAACGAAGGUAACGAGAACUUUGAAGACUUUGACCAGGAGUACAACUCUGACUACGAAGACUUGCAACCAGUAGAGGAAGUUGCAGAAGAUGGAAGAGUAAUUGUCAACGGUGGUACUGGAGCUGAGGGAUUCAACAAUGAUCAACAAAGAAGAAAGACCACUAAGGAGCUUGCUAUUCCUAAGGAGAAGAGAACAACGACUCCAUAUAUGACCAAGUACGAAAGAGCCAGAAUAUUGGGUACCAGAGCACUGCAGAUCUCCAUGAAUGCACCAGUGUUGGUGGACCUUGAAGGUGAAACUGAUCCACUUCAAAUCGCCCUUAAGGAGCUCUCUCAAAGCAAGAUCCCACUUGUUAUAAGAAGAUACCUUCCGGAUGGAAGUUAUGAAGACUGGGGAUGUGACGAGUUGAUUGUGGAUAUUGAUGUCUAAUUUUAAGGUGUAACAUUACAAACUGGAAGUGGGGCGGUUCGACAAGAGAAGAUAGUUAGAACAGUGUGUAACAUAGAAGUCUAUUUCACUAUAGAUCCAAACCCACCCACACACAAAACAAACAUAAUGAACGGGAAAUUAAAAACAAAAGAAAUACUUAGUAGAGGAUCGACCUAAUUCGAUAAAUAACUGAUGAACUCUUUGCCGUUGAACACCUUCUCUCCAUCCAUACGCUCUUUGGCAAAGUCCGCCAAUAUGGAGUCCAAUUCAUCCGUGUCCAUGCCAACGUUCUUCAAACUCUCCCUCAUUUCGUCCAUAUUGACCUCGCAAUCAAAAGAAAACACCUGUAAGGCGCUUUGAAUGUCUGACUUAUCGGGCAA